CUCGGAAAGGGAAAGGAGCAGGAACCGGGUCAGGAGCGUGAGAGCGCCGGAGCCUGUGGAGCUACGCGUUACAGAUCAGACUUCCACUCAGGGUACAGAAGAGUUAAUCAGGCCUUUAUCUCCACAAUCACAGGAUCGCUGAGGAUCAUCAACAUUUACACAAAGAAAACAAGUGUGUGAAAGAGGAACGCUCGUUCCCAUCCAUCUGCACAGCUUUCAUCACAUUCGAAGCUUUUUUAAAAAUAUAGUUCAUGAGGCAGUCUUGAGUCUUUAAACAUCUAAUCCAUUCCAACACGCAUGUGCUGGAAGUCUCUCUCAGACAGAUGUCUGCAUUAUCAGGGAACUCAUUCCUUAGUGUUUCUAACGAAUCCUGUCCAGAAAUAAAUAAUAAUUUCUCCAAAUAUCACUCUUUUGAUUUUAUCUUCUCAAAAUAUCCGGGGAAUAAGCCCUGAUUAGCCCUAUGGUUAAAUAAAUAAAUAAAUAAAUAACCCCCCUUGUUCUUCCUUGACGACGGUUGUCAAGGGCGGUGUAACCAGAACAGGAAGUUAACUUUAAAAAAAAACAAACUCAAAUCUCCAGCUGGCUUUAACUCGGUGUAGUUACACAGUUUGACCAGCAGAGGCCAGUGCAGGACAUAUUUUUCGAGUAAGCUGAACAGGAGUAUGUGAAGUAAUGCACGCAUGCGCACAGCUGCGUUUCCUGUGACGUGUGCAUACUAAAUGAGGAGUGUGCGCACGCAGAGUGGGUGCAGAACGCGGCUCUGCUCAGUGUCGUCUACCUUCAGGGUGCCUGGUGGUGUUCAUCACAGGGUUUGCCAGAGCCAUGCCGUCUUGUUAUGUUGUCGGUUGUAAGAACAGAAGUAAAACCAGACCGGAUUUAAUAUACUAUCGAAUCCCUGCAGGAUCGCAUUCUUUCCAUCAAAACCGGCGCCGACUUUGGCUCCGUGCAAUAAACCGGGUCAACUGGACCGAGACACAAAUUAAAAACGCCCGUGUUUGCAGUGCUCACUUUAUAUCGGGAAGAUCAUCAUUGGACAGUUCCAGCCCUGAUUAUGUUCCUUCCGUGUUCUCGUACAUUGAGACAGACAACAGCGGAGCACAAGAAAAGAUGGAUGGAUCAACGCUUCUGCCAACAGUUCACCUUCCUCUACCUGUGACGACUGUAAGUGAUGAAGUUGGUCUUGUCAGCCCGCCUCCUCCCCACCGAGCUACAGCUAAAGGAACAGUAACGGAUGCUAUGAGUUCAGCUCUGAGUGAGCAGAGAGCUGAGGAGGUUCAGGACCAUGAAGGUGAUCAGAGUGAGAGUCUAGACCCACUAACACUCGAGCCCAGUCCCAGUACCAGCAAUGAAGCACAUCCUCGCAGACUUCCCAAGAGUGACAAGGCUGAUGCGAAAGAUUUCACACGUCUGGAUUGGGCUCCUUCCCUGAACAUGACCACUGAGUGUAAUGAAAGCAGUGUGAAGCAGUCAGAAGAAAACCUCGAGGGGCACCAAAGGAUGCCUCUUUCUGCAGCAGAGAAACAGCACCGAUACAGGCAGCAUAGGGAUGCUGAUCCUGAGAAAAGAAAAAAGCAUUUAGAAAAAGAGAGGGAAAGAUCGAGGAAGGACAAGGAUGCUGGCAAAAGGUUCUCUAUUAGUGAACUGAACGAAAGGGAGAAAGUGGCCAAGCGGAAAUACUGGAGAGAAGCACAGGCAAAAUCGAGAAGAGCCAAAGCACAACUUGCAGCUACCUUAGAGCAGUGCGUGACCCCUCCCCUCAGUCCAGAGCCAGCUCCAGGGCCCUCAAGUGGAGGGGUUUUUACCCCGAGGUUGAACAUGGAGAUGGAAAGUUCUGCACCAACCUCUGAUCAGACUGUUUCUCUGCAGCCUAUCACCCAAAGUGAUGGUAAAGAUGCCUCAGUGAUUCGAGGAGCUCAUGAUCUCAGAGAGGCUGAAGCACCUGAACCUCAGACAUUAUCCACAGUAGAUGUGAAGCGGCGGACGGUGAGCUCUGGUAUACAGUGUCCGUAUUGCCGCUACAGAUGUGGCGCCAAGUUCUCGUUCCAAAUCCACGUUGGCUCACAGCACCCCCUCCGCUGUGAGGACGUGUGCGUGGGCCGUUUAGGUAAAGUGGUUUUCUACCAGUGCACAGCCAAACUCUUCCACUGCCACAUCUGCUUCUUCACAUCCAAGGACUACGCUGUACUGUUCGAGCACCUGCUGGCGAGGCACUGCUUAACUGCUCCGAAAGCCGCGCGCACUGAGAAAGGCGACGGGGAGGGACAGGAGCAGGACAGGAAUCCUACUCCAGAGAUUAAACCUGAUCAGGACGACAUGACUGAAGAAAGAUCCACUGAGGACUCACUGAAGAGGAAGCGAAGCUCUGCGUCGGGUGGUGAAGACGAGGACGAAGACGUGAACGUGUCGGAUAGCAUUCCAGCAGCUGCUGUUGAGCACUACUCCGAUUCCUCAAGUGCCCCGUAUUAUGAAUGCAAAUUCUGUAAAGAGCGCUAUAAGAAUAAAGGAUCAUUACUGCACCACGUCAGUCGCGAACAUGACGUCCCUAAACCACACGCUUGUAAAGAAUGCGGCGAGAGCUUCAUGCUGGAAAGUCUUUUGAGCCGCCACAUCAACCUGUACCACAGACAAGAACGCUACCAGUGUCCCUACUGUCCGUUUGAGUCCAGUCUCGCAGGCCUCCAUCAGCACCUCAGUCAGUGUCGAGCGGUGGAGGGGAACGAGGACAAAGGAGACAUGGGGACUGAAGAAAAGGAAUGAGUGGCUCAGUGGAGGAAGAUCGAAUAGCAUGGUGCUUGUGGGCGUGGCCUGUCCAGUGGAACUCAGUUUGAAGUUUAGUCAUGAUACUGUAAAAAUACCUUGAACGAUGUAUUUAAUCAAAAUGUUCUCGUGUUCCUGUAAGAGCCGUUUUAAGAGACGGACGGUGUUCGGUAGACGUAGGUUUGCUUUUCCUUUUAAUGUAAUUUGUUAAACACUGUAACGGUACGGUCCGUGUAGCAUUCCUGGAUGUGGGUUUUAUGUUAACAGAAAUGGGAUGUUCAGUUUUCUGAUUGAAACUCUAAUGAACUCGCUGUAAUCUGUCACUAUUGCAUUAGUAAAUGAGGAUGGGUUCCCUCACCACCAUCACCUCAGGUUUAUUCAUUAGGGAUAAAUAAACAUUAGUAAAAUCUUUAUCUUUCUGUAAAGCUGCUUUAUGAUAAUGUCCAUUAUUAAAAGCACGAUACAAGUAAA